CUCUGCUCGUGUGCUGAAGGGGCUCAGGGUCUCACAGGGCACUGCAGCAGGAACCACCUCUCUUCCCACACACACAGGACCAGGAACUGCAGAGCCCUAAUCCCCUAAUCUUCCCUUUCCUUCCCUGAGCAAGCUGUCGCCUGAACUCUGACAGCACCACGGAGCUGUUCCAGUGAAUCUUUGCAUUGCCUGGCACAGCACUGUGACACAUGAAGCACAAGCCACCUCUGUGCAUAGCAUUCCCAGCUUCUCCAGCCAGCUCUGGGAAUCAAAGCUGGUGUUUGGCUGAAAAUACUUUCUGUUAGUUUCUGACAUACAGAUUUUUUCAGGCUUGCAGCACUCCCAUGUUCUUGAACAGUGUGAGAUACUGCUGGCAGCUGUAGUGCUGCAUUCAUGGAGGCUUUUGGCAGAGCAGAGCCAACCCCAGGUGUUAGAACCUUUGAAGGACAAAGAUGCAGAUGGAUAACCAGACAUCUAAUGCACAUCUUCAGAAGCCAUGAGUUCCAGAAAAUUACUCUCAGAAACACGGAGAACAUUUCCUGCUGCUAAAGUACACUGCCAGCUGCCAUCACGGAUUCUCAUUGUGGAUGUCACAUCACCGUCCUGGACCAACACUUGUUCUGUGCUGUCUGAAGCUCUGGAAAACACACUGUGUUUGGCACACAGCUUGACCGGCCCCUGCCGUGUGCCUCUGCUGAGCCUCUACGUUGUGCAGAGCCAGCAGGAGUGUCUGCUCCCCUUUACGCAAGUGAAAGAAAACUUUGCACGAAUCCAAGCCUGCAUUUCGGAGCUCCGUUCGCUACCAAGAGAAGGCUGUUUCCCACAGGGGGGAAAUGGAGUGCUACAAGCUGUGCAGGAUGGAUUGCAACAGUUCAAGCAGUACAGCAGACACACAGCAGCAGGAAGCUCAGCAAACAGUUCUGUUGAGAUCACAAUUUUGACAAGCCAGUCCAGCCAAGAAAUGGCAAAGCAGCUGGAAAAGAAGUUAAAAGAUGUAGACCUGGUGAGCCUGCGAAGCAUACAAGUAAUUGAGGUUUUGAAGAGAGAUUUACUGCAGCCUGAGGAUGUAGAACAGCACAUGCCAGGAGAAGAGCCUGAUAGCAAUGACAUUGCAAUCCUGGGAAUGGACAUCGACGUGCAAACCAUAGAGGACAAUGUCAUCAGCUUGGAGAUGCUGUUUAAAUCAUGGCUACAUGACUACAGCACAGAGAGGGAACACCUCCAUCUCCUUCUCCCAUCCGGAGGCUUCAGCCAUGCCACUGCACCCAAGACCACCCUGAUGUGCCUCAAGUGCGAUUUGCAGGAGAGGUUGCUCGACCCAGCUCUACUUUCUGGGACAGCUGAUGGCACUGUGAGAGCAGCAGAUGUGAAUUCACCGUGUCAGAUGGGAGCCUGGCCAGCUACAGUGCUGCACAAACUCCGGGUUGUAAAGGCUCUGAAAUCUGAAGGAGUCUGUGAGUCUGUACUGUAUGGCCUGCCCUUCAUCAUCAAGCCCACAAGCUGCUGGCAGCUAGACUGGGAUGAACUGGAGAUAAACCAGCACAGCUUCCAUGCUUUAUGUCAUAGUCUUCUGAAAAGGAAGUGGAUGCUUUUGGCCAGACGUGAGCCACAGAACACUGGUCCAAACUGGAACACUGUGGUGCAUUCCUACUACAUCAUUGUCCCUUCUGACUCUGCCUCUCUACUUGUCAAAGCAAUCGCCGUCAGAGAGCUCUUGAUGCCAUCAACCUUCCCAGCCCUCCUUCCUGAACACCCUGAGAGAGUGCAUGGCCCGGUGGAGAGUGCCCUGAACAGCCUGGAAGUAGAAGUUGCUUAUAACCCCUUGCACCUAAAAAGCAACCUCUACAAAUACCUGAAGAGUAUGUUGUACAGACCUCUGCACAGGCAGCAGGCCCAGCCGAGGGACCAGCGACCAGAGCGGCAUCAGCCCAAGCAGCAUCAGAGCAGAGCCAAAGCCACGGUGGCACCGCUUCUGAUGGCUCCUUCUCCUGCCCCAGCGUUCAGGCCAGCAGCAGCCAGGAGGGAUUCCUGCGAGCGCUCCCUGCUCCCCAAAGAGUACGAGGAGUUCCUGCAGUGAGCCAGGAGCUGCUCCCAGCAGCCACAGCCGGGCAGCCAGGGCUCGAAGCUCGGCCUUGGGCAGACCAGCACUUCCCAUUGUUCGUUCCUCCUUCUUGUUACAGUUUUGUUAGUCACCAAGUAGUCAGCAGAAAGCUGCUCCGGGGCCCUCUGUCCAGAGAUGGAGCUACCCUCCAAUGCCCCCCAUUUCCCAUUUCUGUCAGCACACAUCACCAACAUGCCUCAAAUUCGGGUUUCUGAGACUAGGCUGGGACAGGCCACAAACCACAGAUUGCUGUCAGGAGGUGCAGAAAAGCCACCUCAGGGCGGUGAGGAAGUCAAACAGAUAAAUAGGCAGAAACAUCAAGCUGCCCUCAUCCUGCAGGAGGAUCAGGGUGUUUGAACAGGCAUAAACCGGAGCUUUUGAAUUUCAUCUUAAAGCUCAGAGCUCUGCCCUCCUGAGAGCACCACCCAUGGUGAUGCCGAUUUCCUUGCUUCCAUAACUGGUCUCACUGCCCCAGCUCAUGGAGGGGUUUGUAGCAAGUGCCAAGCUGGCUCCUACACAGUGACUGCUCCCUGCAGCUGCAGCACAGCACCCAGCAGUGGCUGCUUGGAUGCUCUCCUCCCUCUAGCCCAUCUGUGCCCAUGGAGCUGUUCCACAGACACAGUUGGAACAACUUUGGCAGUGUUCAGAACAUGGGGAGAGUUGGUCUGGAGCUUUCCACAGCUUCUGGCCGGUGCUUGCACAACUCCUAGCCUGGUUUUCAGUGCAGCCGUAGGUCAGCUACCCCUGGCAGGGCAGGAGCUGAGGGCAGCGCACUGGUCUCACUGGGCUUCCUGGAUGCACAGCACCAGCUGCCCUUUGUGUUCUACUCUGUUCUGACAAGCUGUUUCAAAAUAAAGUUAUCCCCUGUAACACCCA